AUGUUUAUCAGCUCUUAUAAAUUAAAGAGCUGGUUUAAAUGGGCUCCACUUCGUGCGCAUCUCUGUACCUUCGCUGUCGCCGUCAGCUUUAGUAGCACGUGGCGCGCCCCACGAAAUGCCUUUCGAUAUGGAGGUCUCAUGUACGGGCUCGUACUUACCGUUGCUAUGGUGGUCGUGGCUCUUCCUACUACGAUGCUACAACUAGCCCUUGGUCAGUUGAGCCAGCAAAAUGCUGUUGGUGUCUGGAGUGCAGUGCCUUUCUUUAAAGGAGUCGGAUACCUAAGGCUCCUCAUCUCUAUGCUUGAAUUGGUCUACACAAUUGUGUACGUUGCAUUAACUGUAACAUAUUUUAUGUACACUUUGAGCAAUUCGAUUCCAUUCUGGGAAUGUCAGUACGUCGUUGUGCCGGACGACAACGACACGUAUAUUGUAAACGCAACGUCGUGUUUCAAUGAGACAUUCCUGGCGCCGGUCAGCGAAAAACCAGAAUAUUAUGUCGCGUUGGCGAUGAUUGUUGCAGUGCUUUCAAUGGUGUUUCCUUUUGUGUUAUUUAGCCAAUUAAAAUUAAUGAAACGAAUAUUUUACUUGAUCGGCCCUACGGUACUAAUAUUAGGCAUUAUAAUCUUGUCGUCCGUUGGAGACAGAAGUAAUUUUAUAUCAUUGUACGAUCACGAUGACUUACAAAAUUUAAUGACGCCCAGUUUUUGGCAUGGGGCUGUAAUACAAGCGCUCUUGGCUACCCAGACUACUAAUGGAUACUUAAUUUUGGCCGGAGAAACUUUUUAUUCAAGAACCAAUGUUCAAUGGACAGCUCUCAUCUUCGUUGGAGUAAAUGUUGCAGCGGCUUGGGCCGGUGUCAUGUUUUGGUAUGGAAUCAGCGGGUCUCAGGGCAGUGACACCAGCUCAGUUGCAGUCUUGAUAGAGACCUACCGGGUGGCUGUGGAGAAGAACCUAAGUGUUGCGUGGCCCCUGCUUAUAUUUCUUACGUUGUUCCUUUCGGGCAUCGUCACUGCGCUUACCUUGCUUUAUCCCAUUUACGACCAUUGUCGUCGGAUGGGAGGUUCUAAGUGGCGCUAUGUUGCUGUUGCGAGCUCUAUAGCAAGUGUAGCAGGAGCCUUAGCUGCGAUGGCGGGAGGCCUGUCUGCAUUUAGUGCUAUAGAAGAUGUGGCGAUAUCACUACUGAUUAGUUUCGCCACUGUGAUUGAGAUCUCUGCAUUCGUGCUUAUAUACGGCUGGAAAACACUAGUCGAAGACGUGGAAUUCCUUAUAGAACAAGCGAUGUCGAAGUGCUGGGUGGUUGGGUGGUUUGCGGCGCCUUGCAUUAUCACUACGUUUGCGACGUGGUGGAUAGUCUUCUUGCUGAUUGAUAACGCAAAGUGGACAGAGAGUCCGUGGGAAGCGGUUGUCCUUGUGUCCACAGCCGGUGUUGCUUUCUCCAUAUUCACCGUCUUUGCAGUCGUUUCGGUGACGAAACAGGUGCAAUAUGAUGCAAUUGCGAAGUUGCAGUCGUCUUUUAAGCCAUCAAGACACUGGGGGCCAAGGGAUCCCAUUACGCACUAUUACUGGCUGGCGCGCCGCGAAGAGUCGGAACGAAAUUUGCCCAGAACGAGAUAUAGACGUCAUUUGGGCCAGUUUUCCGGAAACGCAAGUUUUCUUCACGCGUCAGAAGCAAGCAAUAAAGAAACUCCAGUUGAAAAUAAGAGACGUACAAACUCUGAUGACUGGGUGUACACGGUGUGUAGAAAGAAAUAUUUAGGAGAAAUUUAUCCACAGUAUAUGAAGGAAAAUAAACAGAGAUCGAAAUCGUUAGAUUGGUCAUUGUUUUCUAAUUUUAAAACUAAACAUACUGCUAAUGUUUUGCGUAUUCCUGAGGUCGGUGUAGUUACCAGUGAAUUAGCUUUGCCAGCGCAGGAAACAAAUAAUAACGAUACUAAGCUGGUACAAGAUUUUUGUACUAGAUAA